AUUCCUUUUCGCCGCCAUUGUUUGUUCCCUGCGCUGAGAAAAUAAAUUUUUUGCCCUUACAAGUCCAACGACGAUAAGUUCCUGUACAUCUCUCUCUUUCUCUAAAUCUCUAGUGUGAGAAUGGAUUCCACACCAGUUAAUUGGGAUACCCUAGAUUCUCUAAUUAUCAAUUUUGCUAAAUCUGAGAAUUUACUCGAAGAUUGCACUGAAUCUUCUUCUCCUUCAUCUUCUGGUUAUCAUUCUCGUUUAGUAAUUCGUCAAAUCAGAAAGUUAAUUGAGAUCGGUGACAUUGAUUCUUCGAUUAAUCUUCUUCGAAUUCAUGCUCCUUUUGUUCUUGAUGAUCACCGUCUUCUUUUUCGAUUACAGAAACAGAAAUUUAUUGAACUAUUAAGAAGAGGUACAACUAAGGAUCGCGAUGCUGCCAUUGAUUGCAUUCGAACUGUUCUUGCUCCUUGUGCUUUAGACGCUUAUCCGGAAGCGUAUGAGGAGUUUAAGCAUGUUCUUUUAGCGUUGAUAUUCGACAAAGACGAUCAGACUUCUCCAGUGGCUAAUGAGCUUGUGCUUGACAGCCAUAUCCGUAUCUGUGUAACCAAUCUAGAUGGUGCUUUCUAUAGCAAUAUUAAUCGAGAUAAAUAUAAAAGUAAGUUAUUUUCUUUUCAGUGGUCUGAAAAGAGGCGCUUUGACAUUGCUGGCUUGUUAUCAUCGGUUCUUCGAGUUCACUUACAAGCGUUCGACCCAAUCUUUUCUAUGACAUUGAGAUACUUGAUAAGCAUACACAAUGGAUUUUGCUUUCGCCAAGGCAUUCCAUCACCUGUUUCAGAUCUGACCGAGAGAUUGCUUAUUGAGGAACGAGACCCAGCUCCUACUCCACAAGAAAGCUUGCUAGAGGCACCUCCAUUUGAUGAGGUGGAUGUGCAAGCGCUUGCUCAUGCUGUUGAUCUUACAAGACAAGGGGCUAUUGACAGCUUGCGAUCUGCUAAAGGAGAUCUGUUUCAGGCUUUUAAGAAUGAAUUAUGCCGAAUGAGAAUGGAUGUCUCAGUACUUGAUGAUCUUGUCCAUGAGUAUUGCGUCUAUAGGGGUAUUGUGGAAUGUGGGCUUUCAUCAGGACAUGCAUCAGACAUGCAAAGUCUUGGUAGAUCUUCAGUUACGUGUGAACCUGAUCCUUCCAAUGGUUCCUCGUUAGAUUGCUCCAUCAACAUGGAUGUGCAGCCUUGUAAGGACUCCGAUGGUGAAACUUCUGUUUGCAAUCCUGAUUCAAUUGGAACUCAAGAAAUGAACGUGCGGGGUGUUGAUGUCGAACGGCGAGUUGCAUAUGAGACAGAAAGCAAUCGAGAAGAUUGCAGCACAAGUAGUCCUGAAAACUUCAAAAACUUUCAGAAGAACAGAGGUCAUGGGACUGGAGAAAGGAGUGGACGUAAGAGAUGGAGAGGUAGGAAUGAGGGAUUAGAAGUUAGUCCUGAUAUUUCUCUUACUGGGACCAGCAAGCAAAAGCUUAGCGACCGUGACCAUGCUGCUGAUAUAUUCAUGUCAAAUGAAAAACAGGUUUCAGUAAAACGUCCUGCUUCAGAGAAUUUCCACAUUAGGGAGGAGUACAAAUAUGAUAUUGUGCUGGAGAUGAAGGAAUUAGCGAGUAAGGGAAUGACCGUGGAGGUUGUAAAGGAGAUCAAUGCCCUGGACCCUAACUUCUUUGUGCACAAUCCUGACCUUCUAUUUCAACUUAAGCAGGUCGAGUUUCUUAAGUUGGUCAGCUCUGGUGAUCGUGAUGAAGCUAUAAAGGUUGCAAAAGCAUUUUUAGGUCCUUCAACAGCUAGCAAUGCAACUUUGCUUAAACCUUUGAAGGAGACCCUCUUCUUGGCUUUAAUGGGACCCAAUGAAGAUCCACUUACAAAAGGAGUACCUCUGUCUCUCCUUGCAACUUCGCUCCAGGUGGCAUUGGGUAGGAGGCUUGGCAUAGAAGAACCACAGCUUAUGAAGAUAGUGAGAACAACGAUUCACUCACAUAAUGAGUGGUUUAAAAUUCAAAUGUGUAAAGACCGUUUCGAAGGACUUCUGAAGAUCGAUUGUUUGAAGGAUAUUAACACUUCCCUACUUACUGAAUCUAAAUCCAACAUAAAUCUUGAUGCUGACACCUCUGGGUCUUCCCAAGUUACAGUAUCUAGCAGAAUGCUGGAAGAUAGUAGCAGUCCCUCUCAGGUUUCUCCCGGAGAUGUUGUCUGUGAUGAAAGUGCUAUACUCAAAGUUAUGGAAUUCUUGGCUUUGCCUAGAGCUGAUGCGAUCCAUCUUCUAGCCGAGUACAAUGGGAAUGCCGAGACUGUCAUACAACAGAUUUUUGCAUAGGCUCAUCAAAUUGUUAUAUUAAAGAGUAAAUCUGUAGUCCACCCGAAGGAGAAAAAGAAGAAAGAAAACAAAUAAAAUGAAGUAAUCCAUUAUUUUAUUCAAUUUGUUACCAUAUCAGAUUUAGUUGUAAAUAACGCUAAUGUGUAUGAUGUAUACUAGAAGUGAAGGAAUCACAAAGUAGUUGCAUGCAUUUGAAGUAACUGCAUACUUACUGCGUACCUGGCCAAAUGCAGGCCAAGUUUUCCCUUUCUUCUCUGAGCUAACACGGAUAUCUUAAUUUAG